AAUGUUUACGGUUCUGUUUGAAAUCUUAUUUCUAGUUUACAUUUGUGAAUUAUUUGAACCUUUUCACGUUGUCUGUUUAAAAAACAUAGCUUAAUGAUGUCUUCAGAUAUUGAUGAACCGGAACAAUGGGAUACAAUCGAUAAUUCAUUGCGAUGUUGUCAGCCUGAUUUUCCUCUUUUCGCCAGUUCUGAAAAAUUUCCCACCAAAACUAGUUCAGAAGAACACAAAGUACUCAUGAAAAUUCUUAAAUGUUAUCGUCAAGCUCGUACUCGAUUUUCUGCAAACCCAGAUCAACUUGAACUUAAUCGAUCUCAAAUUAGUAGCUGGUUAAUGGGAGGAUUAUUUCAACCGGAUGUCUUUUAUCAAUCUCUCGAUGCAGCAAAACCAUGGAUGAUUUACUGGAUUAUACAUUCAAUUUAUUUACUAGGUGAAGAUGCAUUGCUUAACAAUUCUCAUCAUGAUGUGAUCACCUUCCUCAAUCGAUGCUGUCGCCUUGAUGGUGGUUAUGGAGGAGGUCCUGAUCAAAUUCCACAUUUAGCUACAACUUAUGGUGCAAUCAAUGCUUUGGUUACGUUAUGCGACACUGAAGCAUUACAGUCAAUUGAUAGGGCAGCUUUGUACAAAUUUUUGAUGAAAAUGCGUCAACCCAAUGGUUCAUUCAUUAUGCAUGAAGAUGGUGAAAGUGACGUUAGAGGGAUUUAUUGUGCCGCUGCAGUUGCUUACAUUACUGGAAUCAACACACCUGAAUUAUUUGAAGGUUCAGCCGAAUGGAUAUUAAAAUGUCAAACUUAUGAGGGUGGCUUUGGUGCUAUGCCAGAUGAGGAAGCUCACGGUGGAUACUCUUUUUGUGCUCUUGCAGCUUUAACAUUGUUUGGAAAAGCACAUCAAUGUGACCUGAAAGCUUUAUUAAGAUGGACUGUAAUGAAACAAAAGCCUAUUGAGGGAGGAUUUUGCGGUCGAACCAACAAGUUGGUCGACGGAUGUUAUUCUUUCUGGCAAGCAGCAGCGAUAGUUAUUAUUGAAUCACACCUUGCAAAACAAAAUUCUCAUGUACUUAAUUAUCGAAGAUGGACCUUUAAUCAACAAGCGCUACAAGAAUAUUUAUUGUGUUGUUGUCAAUCUCCUCGCGGUGGGUUAAUCGAUAAACCAGGGCGGGUUCCUGAUUUUUACCAUACUUGUUAUGAUUUAUCAGGCCUUUCGAUUGCCCAGUUUGCUUUCAUAGAAGACAUGGUAGUUGGUUCAAGUACAAAUAAAUUGGUCCCUGUUCAUCCUGUCUUCAAUCUUACCAUGAAAUCAGUUUCUUUCGCCAAUGAUUUUUUCAAAAGCAAUCCCUUUGUUGUGCAAAACGAUGUAACAAAUUAGAAUGAACUUAACUUAAAAUUAUUAUUAUCAA